AUGGAACCGCGAGUUGAAAAGGGUGUAAAAUAUGGCAAGAAUAAACUAUACGAUAGAUAUAACUCUAAGUCCUUUUUGGAUUUGAAAGAUAAAUCAGCAGUGAUCAUCCCUAUAUCUGAAAGCUGGAACCAGGACAUCACCAUGCCUAUAAUCCAGUCAUGCUGCUGCUGGCGAAGUCUCCGUCGAGGAUGCUACGCCUCAGCACUAUAUACGCUGAUUUACUUCUCCGUUACAAUUGUAACGAUGGGACACUUCAUAGAGGUAGAACAACGAUAUCUCAACGGCGACAUGACCGAGCCUGAAUCCGAAAGCUUUUUGGAGCCGGAGAAGAUCACCCCAAUUACGGUAUCUCUGAACAUUACUUUGCUGGCGUGUAGCACACUCGGACUCAUCGCUUGCGUGCUUCUUGUAUUUGGUGUGUACAAGGACAUCAAGUUUAUGCUUUUGCCAUGGGUUUUCGCCAUGGGACUGGAGACGACGGUGGAAGUUAUCAAUCUCAUCUAUUUGUUUUAUUUGCAAACUCUGAAUUUCAACCCGAUCACGUCGUUUCUCUUCACGCUGGACUUCUUCAUCAUCGUGUUGAACAUCUACGCGAUGAUUUGCGUCAUCUCCCAAUUUCAAGAGUACCUUGAAGGAAGGGGGACUGCGGCAUUCGAUUAUUCUGAUCGA